UCUUUCCAUGUAUACGUUAGUGGUUUGGCUUGUUUUUUGUUUGACUCUUAUACCGCUUUGAAACAUUUCUUGUACGAUAUGCAGUAUUGCUAUUUCUGUUAAUAUUACUUAUUUGUAUAAAUAGAUUAUUAUUAAUUCUGUUUUGAGAUGACGGCUGCAAGUGCACUUUUCCAUCGCAAUGUACUCUUAUUGUCUAACGUAAUUGCACCAAGCGAUGAAUUUAAUACACAUUUUCAUAAGGGUAUGUUCGACAAACCCAACACGACCGGUUUUAUACACGUUUCUCAUUAUUUGUUAACGAUAUACGAUUCUGAGCGUUUUAAAAAAUUAGUCGAAUGGCCAGUAAUUUGUAAAAAGACCGAAGUGAAAUAUCGUAACACUGUCAAAGAUUUUUUAAAAGUUGUGUCUUUGGAAAAUCCUGAUAUCCGCUUUCCAAAUAUACUUACAUCUCAUUUAAUUCACGCUGGUGGAAAGAGAGUUACCAUCAUCAUGUGCAAAUUGUCAGAAGUGGCGAUGAGAAAGUAUUUAAUUACUUCGCAAAGUAAGAUAGGUAAUUAUAAUGUUAUUCUUGCACCUCAAGGAAGAGAAGGAGGAAGUUUAGGAAAAGAGUUUUUACAAAAGACUAAUGCUAAACGUCGUUCUAAUAUUUCAAACGUACAUGGAAAUUUAUCAGCAAUGAGCAAAACUACUGAAACUAUUUUAAAAAAUGAAAAGAAGAUAUUAAGUGACAUUAGAACGGAAAUUUUUAAAACUGAAAAAUUAAUUACAACUAUUUCGAAUGAUGCUCCUGUCCACCCUUCAGUUAAAAAACGCAUUACGGAUCCAAACGACGAGGAUGUGAUACAAAUGUGGAAAAGUAAUAUAAACGAUAGUUUGAAUUACUUAAAGAAAAAAAAAACAAUUUUAAGAAAUAUGGAAGAACUUAGUUGUAAGAUAAUAAAUGUAAUGCCAAACAACAGUAGCGAUACGAAUAUUUUAGAUGCAAAGCAAUUACAAAAAGUGAAUUACCUGGGAAUUUCAGAAUUAUUUCCUCAUGAUAUACAAUGUCUCCUGUUUCAGUUAUAUAAAGACGAAAAAUUAGUAUUCCAUAAAUUUAUUUUCUUAUUCAAUUUAUUAUUAACUCGAUUGCAUCAACGACUGAGCUCAACUCCACCAGAGAAUUUUUCCAAAUGUUUAUUGCAAAUAGGAGCAAGUUGCGAGGAUAUGAAAAAAGCGUUAACUAUUUUUGAAACGUAUUUGUUGGAUGUUACGAAAAAGUUAUCCGAGACAGAGAAUAUUUUACACCAGACGAAUGUAGUAAAAAUUCAUGAUGAUACUGUAUCACCUAUAAUAAAUAAUGUGCUUUUAAUGGCAUCGCCUGUUAUAAGAAUUGAUACCGAUAGCAAUAACGAAGAGAGCGAUUUACAAAAACUAGUACAAUUUACUCCAGUAGAAGCUGUGCGUAAGUCAUUAUUUUCACGAUACGAACGUUUAAAGGAAAACUAUACUCCGCGUGAAUUGGAGUUGGAAGAAAAUUUGUUGGUGACCCGAAUUAAUUUCGACGAUACAAUUAUGUCCGCGAGUAAUGAGAAGUCGCGUUUACGUACAAUCUCAAUGUCGUCUAAAAAGUGUUUGUCACCCUUUAAACAUACAGAAAAAUAUUCCCGAUUGUUUUCUACUCGCGUAAAAAGGACUAAUAGAACAGCAAACUCAAGUGUAAUCUCCGCGCCUGGUUCUUCGAAAGCACACUCGACCGCGAUCAUAAAUGCAAUCGAGGAAAUGCACAUAUCGGAACUCGGCGUAAACAUUUCUACAAACAGCGUAGAAUUCGUCACUUCCGAGAAGUGUCCUAUCGAUCAUCAAGACAAAUUUAAAGAUAUAUCGGACUUGAAGGACAUAGUGAACGACCUUCCAAGUAAACCGGAUAUAGAAAUUACAGGCAACUGCGACAAUAAUAUCGUGGGAACGGAACAGAAAGCACAACGCAGAUGUUCGAUUGGAGACUUAGUCGAACGUUACAAGAAAAUACUCGAGCGCAGCAAUCGUACAUCAAGUACACUAGAAUAGAUUACGU